AUGACGGAAUACUGCUUUUACAUUGAGACAAAAGCUUCUACCGACACGUUAUCACGUCCUGAGCAAGAAAAACUGCAUUGGCUUCUUAGUGAGACCUUUGAACCAAUGCAAACACGUUCGACGGACCCUUUUCUUGUCGUUACCGACCCUACAAAAGAAUAUCUCGUGGAAAUCGGACCACGGAUGAAUUUCUCAACUGCUUGGUCUAGUAAUGCUGUAGCCAUUUGUCAAGCUUGUGGGAUCUCAACCAUCAAGCGUAUUGAGCGUGCUACUCGCUACUUAGUGACGUACACAGCUACAAACUUUACAAGUGUUGAAAAACUCAAGCACAUGCUGCUUCAAUACGAAUGUGAUCGGAUGACCCAAGAGGUUUAUGAAAAACCUUUGACGAGCUUUUGGCAUGGAAACACUGUGCAACCGGUACGGCAAAUUCCUAUCAUGGAACGAGGGAUUGAAGCAUUGAAGGAGAUCAAUGAGGAAAUUGGGUUGGGCUUUGAUGAUUGGGAUUUACAAUACUAUUUGGAUCUCUUUAAGCAAAAGUUGCAUCGGAACCCGACGGAUGUCGAGUGUUUUGACAUGGGACAAAGUAAUUCCGAACACUCCCGUCACUGGUUUUUCAGUGGAAAGAUUGUAGUUGAUGGUCAAGAAAUGCCUCAAACACUUUUUCAGAUGGUCAAGGACACACUCACGGAAAACGCCAAACAAAACAGCAUUAUCGCCUUUCAUGACAAUUCGUCCGUCAUUAAAGGUGCUACUAUCGUAACGCUAGGACCUGUAAACCCUGGGGAGCCAUCACCCGUGCAAGAACGCACCCUUGACAGCCAUUUGCUUUUAACGGCUGAGACACACAACUUUCCAUCGGGUGUGGCUCCGUUUCCUGGUGCUGAAACAGGUACGGGUGGUCGGAUCCGUGAUGUGCAGGCCACUGGUCGUGGUGCAAACGUCGUUGCUGGUAUCAGCGCCUACUCUGUGGGUAAUCUGAACCUUGAAGGCUACAAGCUCCCGUGGGAGGACGAAAAACUGGAAUACCCGUCUAAUCUUGCACACCCGCGUGACAUCCUCAUCCAGGCUUCCAAUGGUGCUUCGGACUACGGUAACAAGUUUGGCGAGCCUGUUGUGACGGGAUUUGCCCGCUCGUUCGGUAUGGUAUUGCCUAACGGCGAGCGUCGUGAGUAUAUUAAGCCGAUUAUGUUUUCGGCUGGUCUUGGCCAGCUUGAUGGUCGUCACUGCACCAAGGGUGAGCCGGAGAUUCAGAUGUGGGUCCUGAAGAUUGGUGGCCCGUGCUACCGUAUUGGUAUGGGCGGCGGUGCUGCCUCCAGCCGCAUUCAGGACACGAAGACUGCUGAUUUGGACUUUAACGCUGUGCAGCGUGGCGAUGCCGAGAUGGAGUGUAAGUUGAACAAGGUGAUCCGCGCCUGCUGUGAUCUAGGCGACAAGAAUCCUAUCGUUUCGAUCCAUGACCAGGGCGCUGGUGGCAAUGGUAACGUGCUGAAGGAGAUCGUUGAAGUGUCAAACUCGAAGCCAGGCGAUACUAACCGCGGUGGGGCUCGCUACGAGUUGCGCAACAUCCUAGUCGGCGACGACACUCUAUCCGUUCUUGAGAUCUGGGGUGCAGAGUACCAGGAAAACGAUGCUCUUCUGCUCCGUCCAGAGCACAUUGAGCUCUUUGACAAAAUAUGCAAGCGUGAAAACUGCCCGUACGCGCUGCUAGGCCAGGUGACCGGAGAUGGCCACGUGGUCUUGCACGACUCCAAGGAUAACUCUACCCCGUUUGACUUGGACCUUGAUUUGGUGCUCGGCAAGAUGCCGCAGAAGACUUUUACAGACACGAAGGAAAUUGCGCCCGUAGCGGAGCUGUCACUUCCUGUAGACAUUACCCUGCGCGAUGCACUAGACCGUGUGCUGCGUCUUCUGUCUGUCGGCUCGAAACGUUUCCUGACAAGCAAAGUGGAUCGCUCGGUGAGCGGUCUUAUUGCACAGCAGCAGACUGUGGGUCCGCUCCAGCUGACUCUCGCUGAUUGUGCCGUUGUGGCACAGUCACACAUGCCGAACAAGGACGGCAAGUUUACAGGCGUGGUGAGCGCUUGUGGUGAGCAGCCUAUCAAGGGUCUAGUCAGCCCUGGUGCAAUGGCUCGUUUGAGCGUGGGUGAGUCGUUGACCAAUAUGGUGUGGGCGGCUCUUGGUGGACGUGGUCUAGAUGACUGCAAGUGCUCUGCCAACUGGAUGUGGGCGGCCAAGCUGCCUAACGAGGCUGCCCGCAUGUAUGAGUGCUGUGAGGCUAUGACCACUUUCAUGAAAAAAGUGGGUGUGGCCGUCGACGGUGGCAAGGACUCGCUGUCCAUGGCUGCCAAGGUUAACAAAAAAGACGUGAAGACGCCUGGCACGCUGGUGAUCACCAUGUACGCCCCGACAGACGACGUCGAGCUGAAGGUGACCCCCGACCUCAAGACUCACGCCGGUGACAGCCUUCUGUACUAUGUGGACGUGGGCAAGGGCCAAAACCGUCUGGGUGGUUCGGCUUUGGCGCAGGUUUAUGGCCAGGUCGGCAACGUAUCUCCUGAUGUCGAGGACGCCGAGUUGUUUAGAAACGCGUUCAAUGGCAUUCAGACUAGCAUUAAGAAUGGUCACCUGCUCGCUGGUCACGACCGUAGCGACGGGGGUCUCAUUGUUACGCUGUUGGAGAUGGCGUUUGCUGGCAACUGCGGCCUCAACGUUGACAUUCCUUUCGCGGGUGAUAAGGUUACGACGAAGGAUGUGAUUCAGGUGCUGUUCGCUGAGGAGCUUGGCUUUGUGUUCCAGGUUGCUGCUGGCCAGCAUGCCAAUGAGGUGGAGUCUAUCUUCAGCAAGCUAAACGUGCCGCUUGUGAACCUGGGUAAGGUGACCACCGAUGGUGUCAUUAGGGUGAGCAUUAAUGGCGAAGGUGUCGUCGAGGACCAGAUGGUGGACCUUCGCGACGUGUGGGAGGCGACGAGCUUCGAGCUUGAGAAGCGUCAGUGCAACCCCGAGUGCGUGGCGCAGGAGCAGCUUUCGUUGCGCACCCGCACGACUCCCUCGUGGAAGGUGACGUAUGAGCCUAAGCCGACGCCUGAGCGCCAGCUGAGUACGCGCGCCCAACACCGAGUGGCUGUUCUUCGUGAAGAGGGUAGCAACGGUGAGCGUGAGAUGCUCGCUGCAUUCCACCACGCCGGCUUUGAGGUGUGGGACAUUACAAUGUCUGACCUGGUAAACAAGCGUGUGGUGCUUGACGAGCGCUUCCGCGGUGUGGCGUUCGUGGGUGGCUUUACAUUCGCUGACGUGCUGGGUUCGGCUAAGGGCUGGUCCGGUGUGGUGAAGUUUCACAGUGACGUGCUAAAGCAAUUUGCGGCUUUCAAAGCGCGCGAGGACACGUUCAGUUUCGGUGCUUGCAAUGGUUGCCAGUUUAUGACGUUGCUUGGAUGGUUGGAUCACCCGGAAGCCAAAGCUCUCGAGGAGGAGACAAAGACAUCAGCUCAGCCACGAUUCGUGCACAAUGAAUCUGGACGCCACGAGUCUCGCUUCGUGUCGGUUCAGAUCCAAGAAUCGAACUCGGUGAUGCUGCAUGGAAUGGCUGGUUCUUCCAUUGGCGUGUGGGUUUCGCACGGUGAAGGCCGUGCACACUUUACGCACCCGAAGAUUCAGGAAAAAUAUAUCUCGAGUGGCGCUGCUGCUAUCCGUUACGUGGACGACUCGAAUGUGCCGACAGAAGAGUACCCGUUCAAUCCAAAUGGGUCACCGGAAGGUAUUGCUGGUCUCGUCUCAAGCGAUGGUCGUCACUUGUGUCUCAUGCCGCAUCCAGAACGUUGUUUUCUCAAGUAUCAAUGGCCAUACAUGUCAUCGGAAUUCCAGACACUUUGUGUGAGCCCAUGGAUGCAACUUUUUCAGAAUGCAAAAACUUUCUGCGAGGGUCAAUAA